AUGGCUCGAGAGCUCCGGGAGAAACGGAGGCGGAAGGAAGAAAGGCGGAAGCAGGACGAGCAGAUUCGGAAACGGGAGGGCAAGGAUAAGGAGAAGGAGACGGGGGAGGAAGAGGAGGUGGAGAAGUUGAGGGGGAGGCGAGAAUUAGAGGAAGCAACAGUGAGGGCGAAGGAGGAAGAAUUGGAGGUAGAGAGAAGGAAGCAGGAAUUGGAUGAGGAAUUGGAGAGGCAGAGAGAGGAGCUCGCGAACCAACCCAGAGACGAGGUCCCGGACCUGAAGCUCAGGAACGGCAGCCGAGGCUCGGGAGCCACCGGGGCGAGGCUCACCGACCCUCUUGGGCUGGUCCGGGAUGAAUCAGGCGUGGAAGGGCAGGGAGGAGGGCGGGAGGCACGCUGGGGCGGGGAAGGCAGGGGAGGGAGGAUGGGGAAUUCCAGCUUGAACCUGCUGGCUUCACGAGGAAUGGCUAGAAAAGAUUUCAGGAAAGAGUGGGCCAAGGGGAGAUUGAGGGACGGGCGAGCGAGGGAGUUAGCUGGGGAAGGCGCGAGAAUGUGGAUGGGUAGGGCGAGGAGGCAAAGGAGGGGUGAGCUGGGGAGGAGGGGAGGGGCGGUGGGAGGGAAGGGGAAUUGGCCGGCGGAGGGAUGGGCAGGAGGGGGGCUCGGGAGAGAGGGGAGAGAAGGAAUAGGAAAUGGUGUAGGGAAUCGGAGUGCCGCUGCUGGGGGCUUUUCACAGGCUGGUUCGGAGUCCCGCCGAGCCGAAGCCGAAGCUGUGUGGAAGGAACGGCAGAAGCAGGUGGUUGCCGCCUUCCGGCACGCCUGGAAGGGCUACCGAACCUACGCGUUUGGUUUGGACGAGCUCAUGCCGCUGAGCCGAGGCGGGGAGGACGGGUUGGGCAGGCUCGGAGCUACCAUAGUGGAUGGUCUAGAUACUGCGAUGAUUAUGGGGAUUAAAGACAUAGUAGACGACGCCGGGCAGUGGGUUGUGACUACUCUGCCUGAGAAAAUCAACCACGCCGGGCAGAGCCCCACGCCCGUGCCCCUCUCAGACGUAUACCUGGCUGGACGAUACGCUCAGAGAGCCAACGGCGGCGGGCUGAGCAGCACAGCGGAGUGCACGACGGUCCAGCUGGAGUUCUGGGAGCUGAGUAGACUGACGGGGGAGAGGAAGUACGGAGCAGCAGCGAUGCAGGUGAUGGAGCAUGUGCGGGGGCUGCAUCGACUGGAUGGGCUGGUGCCGAUAUACAUGGACCCUGACUCUGGUAGGUUUUCGGGUGAGAACAUCCGACUGGGGUCCAGGGGAGACAGCUACUACGAGUACCUCAUCAAGGCGUAUCUGCAACAGAGGGACCACCCACCCGCGCUGCUGCAAGUGGUAACCACAAGCUUCACAGCAAGCGGUGAUGGGCGAUCGAACGGCACCGAUGCAGCCGCUGCUGGUGCUGGUGCUGGCGGUGGUGCUGGUGGUGGUGAUACGAGCAGGGGAGGAAGUGUGGUAGAAGCAAGAGCAGGAGGAUCAGGAGGAGGAGCAGGAGGAGGAGAGAAGGGCGAAGGGAGAAGGGGCGCGCACGUGGAGUAUCUGGCGGAGAUGUUUGACGAGGCAGUGGCAGGGAUGCGCAAGUGGCUGGUGGCGCGCAGUCACCCCAAGGGACUCACCUUCAUUGCUGAGCGGCCGUCAGGGCUGUUAGGAGAAUUGCACCCCAAGAUGGACCACCUGGUGUGCUUCCUGCCGGGGUCCUUGGCUUUGAGAGCGACUGAGGGGCUGACAGAGGCAGAGGCAGCAGCACGGGGCGUGCUGACACAGCAGGGGAGGGAGCUGCUGGACUUGGCAAGGAACGUGACGGAGGCGUGCAUUCAGAUGUAUCAAGUGACAGCCACCGGGUUGGCGCCUGAAAUAGCCUACUUCAACAUGCGGGAGGAUUCUCAGGAGUACAUGGGGACAAGGCACGACGCCGAGUAUGGGCGGGACAUUCAGAUCCACCAGGCGGACCGGCACAACCUGCUGCGACCCGAAACGGUGGAAGCGCUGCUUUAUAUGCACCGGGUUACUGGGAACACACG